GCUCCGCGGAUCAGGCCCGAGAGAGUGGGGCUCUAGCACACCGGUGUAUUAUCGGCACCGUUGCGCGUGUGUUUUGGGAUGCGAACCGGCCGCCCGCCCUGGGAUUCCUGCCGCGGCCCAAUGACCGAACUCUGACGGCUUCCCCGUGUCGCCGAGCGGGGCGUCGAGAAGACCUCGCGUCCCAUGAGAAGACCGGAGCGUAAGCGCCCCGCAGCAGCAGCACCGAGCGCCGCCGCGGUGGGCCUCUUCGAUCCCGUGGCUGCUCUGCUGCUCCUCCGUCGUCGACCGCACCGAUGCGCGCCGGGCCGGCCUGCCGCUGUGCGCGAUUGAACCGACGCCGCCGCCGGCUCUGAACAAGAUCCUAGCCCUGAGGGCAAACUGUGCGCUACCCCCGGCUUCGCGACGUGACGUGCCUGUUUUGCCUGCAAUUCCCUUUCGCUACACAUACGCGCACAGCCUCGCUGCUGCUUUUCGUUUCCUCGGCCGCCUCCCCACCCCCUCUACUCGGCGUAUCCUCUCCUCCCCCCUUCCCCAAAAUUUCCCGCUCGCGUUGGUGUGUGCGGUGCUCGUAUGACAAGGAUGGCCCGUAGAGAUCGGCCGGCAAGAAGGCCUCCUCGCAAGCCUGCGACGCCGAAACGGCAGCACCAUCCCGGCGUUGCGUUCGGGAGUCGCGCGUCGACCCGUGGAGCGGCCACUGCAGCGGCGGCCUCCGGCGGCCUGCCCGAAGGCGCUAACCCUCGUCCCAAACUCCAGCGCCGCUAAGCCUGUGCGAGCCGCGGUCUGCCGUUGGCCGUCAGCGGUCGCCGCCCGGCGGGACUCGGGCCUCACAGACGACGGCCCUGUGGGCCGUCCGCCGCUACCGGGACUCGAGGGGAACCCACGCUAGCAGAGUGUACGCUUUUAGGCCUGACUGAGAAAAAGAGGGGGAGGAGGAGGCGGCUCUCCGCCGUUUUGUGUUGUUUCUUUCCGCCCCGUCGGAGACCGGUGGCCGCGGGGGCGACGCGCGUGCCCAAGCCUCCCGGCGGCCGCGGUCCUCGCGUCGGCGUGUUCGCCCGGCGGUACCUGCCGCAGAGCACGGCCGGCGGCGCUCAAACGGUGCGGUGACAUGGCAAGCUGGCGUCGGGCCGGGGACUGACGCGUCCCGCCGCCGCCGACAGCCUCCGCCGCCGGGUCGGGUGCGUCGCGUCGUCGUCGUCGGACGCGACAUCGGCGUCGUCCGUCUCCCGCGGGGUUUCAAGACGCCGCUGGGACGCGGCCCUGUCAUCGCCACCGGCUCGCUGAGCGCAAGCGGUGGCGAGCUGCUUUCGGUGCUGCAGAAACAUGGCUUCGUCGGCAGCCAGGCCUAACAUGGGCGUCGGUUCGAGCGAGCCGCAGCAGUGCUCCGAGCCCGAAGAGGAAGCCAGUCCGACGUCGGCCGCUGGCGCUGAGGGCUCCUCCUCCCAGCAGCAGGACGAACAGCAGCAGCAGCAGCAACAACAACAACAGCAGCAGCCGGAGUACGAGACAGGCCACGGCCACUACUUCACCAAGCGGACUUUCCACAAGCCCACGUACUGCCAUCACUGCACCGAUAUGCUCUGGGGACUCAUAGGUCAAGGGUACAUUUGCGAAGUUUGUAAUUUUGUAGUUCACGACAGAUGCCUCAAGACUGUGGUUUCUCCUUGUUCAACUAUUGCAAUCAAUGUAAUCAAAAACCCAGUGCCCCACUGCUGGACGGAAGCAGGUCACCUCAAAAGAAAAUUUUGCAACGUCUGCAGGAAACGAAUCGAGGACAACUGCGCAGUUAGGUGUGAAGUUUGUGAAUACUGUGUGCAUUUGGAGUGCCAAGACUUCAGCGUUGCGGACUGCAAACAAUGUGCUACCUAUGCUCCAAGUAGAAAUAAACCGUCGGUGAUGCAGUUCCACCAUUGGCGAGAAGGCAACUUACCCGCCAAUUCCAAGUGCCAGCUGUGUAAGAAGACCUGCUGGUCGGCCGAGUGUCUGGCCGGUAUGCGCUGCGAGUGGUGUGGCGUUACGGCGCACGCCACGUGCUACCGGACCCUGUCCCAGGAGUGCAACUUCGGCGUCCUGGAGAGCAUCAUGCUUCCUCCGGCGGCCGUCAGCAUUCCGCGCACGGACGUUCCCCUGGAAACCAUCAUCGGAGUGGAGAUGCGCAGGAGAGAGACGCUAGCGCGGGCCACUUACCCCAGCAUAGCAAGAAGCAUAUCGGAGGAAUUCUCAUCGACAGGGGACCUCAAAAGCAAAGAAUUUGAUGAUUAUCCGUCACCAAAAGAAAAAGAUAAAGAUGAAGAAAUAAUCAAAGUAUACGACGGUAACGCCUCAAUGAAGAGAAGGAUGUUCAGGACAAUCACUGUAUCACGCAAUGCAACUAGGGAACAAAUCAUCGGUGCUGCAUUGCGAGCAUUCCAUAUAUCUGGAGAUCCAAAGCACUACUACAUAACCGAUGUGUAUGACCAAAACGAGAAAGAACUGGGCGACUUCAUGCCGGUGCAAAGCCUGACUCGGAGGGAAGGGAAGCGGCCUGCCAUUUUCCUCAGGUAUCGACCUCCCAACCCGGACCAGGGAUACGUCAAGGUCUUCCCCGGAAAGCUCAGGUCUGCGGACAUUUACCGCGUGAUUUCAGUGACAAGUGACACGAGCGUAGAAGAAAUUAUGAUCCAGGCUCUCGAAAAAUUCGGACUGGACUCUUCGGACAUCAACAAGUUUAGGCUAUCCGAAGUCACGCUAGACAAAGGAUCUGUUCAUGAAAGAGUGAUGGACAAUCAAGAAGGUCCUUGGGUGUUGCUUAAAAACAUUGCCAGAGAGUCGAUACGACAGAAAGACCUGACCAGGUUCUACCUCCAGCAAAAAGAGGACUGCUACAGUUCUAGUGUUGCCCUUUUCGUUGGAAACCUUCCUCCAAAUUUAUCCCAGAGGCAGUACGAAAAAAUUUUAGUAGACCUUUUAGGAAAACCUUAUAAAUUCAAGCAAAUAGGCCCCAUUUAUUAUGAGUACGGUUCCCUGAUCAUCACCUACGACAAUGCUGACAUAGCAGUGAAGGCUUUUUACAUGCUGAGGGAGUCGAGCUUCGAAGACAAAAACCUCCUUGUCCUUCUCCUGCCCAACACCAUCCCAGAAAUGAUCCCCGAAGGUGUCAGGCCAUUACUGGUAUUCGUGAACGUGAAAAGCGGUGGAUGCCAGGGCCUGGAACUGAUCACAUCCUUUCGUAAAAUGCUGAACCCUUACCAAGUCUACGACUUGGAGAAUAGCGGACCGUUACCUGGGCUGUACGUGUUUCGACACGUGCGCGACUACAAGAUCUUGGUGUGCGGCGGCGACGGCACCGUCGGCUGGGUGCUCCAGUGCCUGGACAACGUUGGCCAGGACUCCGAGUGCCAGUCCCCGCCGUGCGCCAUCGUGCCGUUGGGCACGGGCAACGACCUGGCGCGAGUACUGCGCUGGGGACCCGGCUACACUGGUGGCGAGGACCCCCUCACUCUGCUCAAGGACGUCAUCGACGCCGAGGAGAUUCGCCUGGACAGGUGGACGGUGGUCUUCCACUUGGAUGACAAGCCGGAUGACAAGCCCGGCUCACUCACCAACAGCUCGGGGUCCACUUCGGAGGACACCACGGCCAUAUUCGUCAUGAACAAUUACUUUGGCAUAGGCAUCGACGCAGACCUUUGCCUCGACUUCCACAACGCCCGAGAAGAGAACCCAAACAAGUUCAACAGCAGACUUCACAACAAGGGCGUGUACGUGAAGAUGGGUCUCCGCAAAAUGGUGAGCAGGAAGACCUGGAAGGAUCUGCACAAGGAAAUCGAUCUUGAAGUGGACGGCAAAACGGUCGAUCUGCCCCCUGUAGAGGGUAUCAUUAUUCUCAACAUUCUCAGUUGGGGUUCCGGUGCUAACCCCUGGGGGCCCGAGAAGGAGGACAUGUUCUCGAAACCGACGCACUACGACGGUAUGCUCGAGGUCGUUGGCGUCACGGGAGUCGUCCACAUGGGCCAGAUUCAGAGCGGGCUGCGCAGCGCCAUCCGCAUCGCGCAGGGGGGACACUUGCGGAUAAAGCUACACACAGAAAUGCCCGUUCAAGUCGACGGCGAGCCUUGGAUCCAGGCGCCUGGCGAAGUCGUCGUGCUCAGAUCGGCCUUGAAGGCCACCAUGCUCAGGAAAAGCAAGAUGAAGCGACGCAACACGGAGCCCAUGCUGGCCUCGUCGAGCGGCGAGAAGUCCUCCGAAGACUGACGAGGCGGGCAGCGGCCCCGGCACAACACGACGGCCACCACCGACGCGGCGACGACCGCCGCCGCACUGCCGCCGCCGAGCCAGCCGUGGGGGCGAUCCCGCCGCGGAGAAGCCAGCGGCCGAAGGCAUGGGCGCCGGCGCGGCGCGAACCCGGUCGCCCACGGUGUGGUGCUGGCGUUCCUGCACGCCUGCUGCUGCGGCGCCGCAUACCUGCUCGGACCGGGCGAACAGCGCCGCCCUCCGCGCGACGACGGCUGAGGACUGUUCUCUUUCGCUCAGUUGGCUCCGCGCCGCCGGACUCUUGCUACAUCUUUCGCUCUCCCUCCGGACGGCGACAGUGCGGGAAGGGGUGGCCGAGGUUGUGAAGGGGUAGGGACACGAUGCACGGGACCCGCUGACGCCGUUUCGCCGCCGCCGACCGACUACCGGCCUAUGUCGAGCUCCUGCCGAUGCUGCUUCGCUUUGACCCCCUGCGCGCGGGGACGGCCGUGCGCUUCUCCGUCGCUGAACUCGUGCACGAGAUGGGAGCAGGGACGCUCACUUCUCUCUCGAAUCUGUUACGCUGUUACUUACUUCUCGGUCUAUUCUUGGCAUUGUUUGUACGACGACGAGUUCAGUCUCGUCGAACAUCCCGUGGAACCCCGCCCGCAGCCCACACUCACUACGAUGACAACGCAGGCUUGCUGGAACCCGUCUCGGUUUCUUGUACAGGCGGCCGCCGCACAAGCGCCUUUCUCUCUCGGCUCCCGAAAACCCACGGUUUUGCACUGAGAACGCCCCGCUGUUUAUUGGGCCACAGCUGCGCCCCCUCUUCUGCGCAAGAAGGGGGGGGGGCGCGACCGUGCGUGCGCACUGUUGUUCUUUAGGGCGCGGCGCAAUAUGUGUGACUGUGUGCGUGUGUGUGUGUGAGUGUGCGCAACGCUGCGUAGCUGGCGUAGCGUCUCUGCAGCGUCGACGAAUUUAGGCCUGUUCCUAUUGCGACACUUGGCGUAGAAAGCCUCGGUCGCUCGAAGGUAUACCCAUCGUAUUCAGGCCCCGCACAACAAGCAAGUUAUCGAAUCCCCAUAGCGAUUUUGACAUCCGCAGCUGUUCUUUUUUUUUUUUUUUUUCUCAUUUCGUACUUAACCAUACGGAUCGAAGAACCACUAUUUCCCGCACUGACGAGCAGUCUUUGAGCAUUUAGACGAAGCUGCAGCCUCAGUUGACCGUAGGGCAAGCUACGACUUCUCACGGAAUGCGUCGUCAUGGGCUGAACAAAUAACCCGGAAACAGCACCAUAACAACGGCGUCACUUUAAUGGUUUUUGGCUUGUUUGUUUUGUUCGUGCUUGCUGGUAGCAGUCGCGCAAGUAUGGCUGCUAAGCGCUGAACAGUCAAGGAGAGUGGGUUGUAGCUCCCAAUUAAACUGCUCACUUUAGAUAGCAGCAAGGCUUUAGAAGGCCUGCCCGAAAGGAACAUCACUACGUGUCCUCAGGUGCUAAGUUAAGUAAGCGGCGCGUGCUUUGCGUGUGAGCGAUCCUUGCUUUGCAAGCAAUCUUGACUCGCUCGUCCAGUCGUGAGAAUCUAAACCGUGCGAUACGACGGCCUAGCCAGUUUCCGCCAGCCUUAUUAUUCGGACACCUUCCUUUUCUUCGUCAACUUGGGCUGCAGAAAGCGCGACGUACCGAUCCUAAGCGCGGAUUUCUGAGCCCCUGAGGAAAUCCCCGACCAACCGGACGAAUCACCUAUAUUAGUAUGAGCCUAUAUACUUAUUUCUGUGCAUACGUUUGUUCUUUUCUUUACGAGACCACGAGGUGGCGGUUAUGCUGCCGAAUUACUUUCUGUCCGAGUUUGCUGCCAGACACUUGAAGGAAGGCAACUGAUUAGCGAACAGGGCGAAUUAUUAAAGUACAAGAAAGUGGUGAGAGAAGUGGUGAGAGACACGAAGAAGAAGAAAACAUGAACCGUUCCAUUUCUUGUUUCGAACACGUCACGAAGCUGUAGUGCUUAGUAGCGGGUAGGCGGCUGGAUUUCUGGAUUCUAUGUGGUUCAGUGUGGUUGACACACGUUUAGUCACAGAACAUAGCUUUCCGAUGGUUUCUGAUACAAUAGUAUAAAAACUACAAGGUUGUACACACUUCAAUCUUCACUCGUUGCAUGCAUUGCUCUUCGCCGGUGACGAAGCCAAUCGAUCAUUGUCGCGAGUGGUCGAACGACCAAUCCCUGCGAAGCAUUGGUCGGCACGCACUCGCCUUGGGUGUCCACUAGGGCAAGUGGUUAAAUGCCCUGGUUCCCGAGUCGAGACUGCUGGUUUUGUCGUCCCCACCUUCCUUCCAUUCGCACGGCUGGCACUGUAUUUUACCUUCUAGUGACGCUAGUACUAGUUACGUACCUAGUACAGCAGUAGAUACUUUAUACAGGGCGUUUCCAACGGCUUCGUUAGAGUGAAAUAGUAGUUUCCGAUCGAAAUAGGCUGGUCUCCGCUGUUGAGUCGUUAGAACCAGCACCUCAAAAAAGGAGAUCAGUGGCGCGUUAAGCUUUGCAAGCCGACAUUUCAGAUUACUCAAAUUAGUCAGCCCUGCUGUUAAGAGGCAAUACCCUCAGCCGAGCGCCUAGUUUAUCAUUCAAAGAUAAGACGUAGUCAUUUUCACAGCUGUGCUGAAGAAGGCGCCUUGCUCUUGUACUUUCGGAGUGAUCAUUAAUAAGUAAAGAAGUUAACUGGGGGGGGGGGGGGGGGGGUAUCCUUAUGCAGUCUGCUGUGUCGCUUUGUAAAUCUAAUCCAGUGCAUAUUUCUUCGAGUGGAAUUUCGUGCCACCAAAGAAACGCCCCGUAUAAAGAGCGUAGAGAAACUGAGCAGUAUAAAAUGCGUUAUAUACAUAAAAUAAAUAAAGAGAGAGUACGAGGGACAACUCUCAGUGAAACGAGAACAGCGAAGACGUCAAACGCAUUUUACACGGUGGACACUGUCACACGCGAACCUUGCGUUCUUUUUCAGGUGCUGCGCGAGCAUGCGCACGUUACUGUUCCCGAUCAUUCGCCGCACCCCCUUUUGAGGUCGAAGCUUGUACAUUGCGCGUCCCCUAUGUAGAGUACGACACUGCGUUUUUGAAAUUGUGCGUGCCCCAGCACCGUAUCACGAGUGCGGUCGAUCACAUGCAUUUCCUCGUUGCAGCAACGUAGGCGCGCCACAAUUCAGCGCAGGUGGUGAAGUAUAAUAGAGUGAGCGAAUGAAAACGGCGCGGUCUGUAUAAUCUGUAUAGACUCGUGACGACUGGACCGUUUAUUAUAUCUUUUUUUUUUUUCUAUAGGAAUACGUUAAUAAUCGAUUAUGCAAACAUACGAGUGCUAACGUUGUUUCAGGUGCGUGUGUGGCGCGAAUCAACCGGUGAUGUUACGUUGCAAAUAAAGCGAGCCGUACUGGCCUGAAAUAGUCUUUCGAGUAGUUUUGAAUGGCCCGCGCCUAUCAUCCCUGCGUAGCUACGCCGUAUUGUGCGACGGGAAUCAUUUUGCGAGCGCUGUAGAGUGUCGGUGUUACUUUGCUCAGAACUACACUUUCGUUAGCGUUCGGUAUUCGUCCCUGUCAAUGUAGUUGCUUUUUUUUUUUAAUCGCUGCCUACAUGCUUCCUCCGGUUAGGAGAGCGACGUACAUAAAAACUAGCCUUUCCGUGACGGCAAUUGUGGACGGCUUCUAGACAUUCAGACAAUGUUUACGUUACGUUUCCUUAACACCACUGAAACGUUCGCGUAUUGCCAGUCAAGCAAUUUCACUUGCCUUUCGCGCUAUUUCUUCGGAACUCUCGAGGUUUCCUUACCAAUUCCAUAAACGACAGCGUGGGAAACAGAGAGAAACAAUGAACUCAAUAUUUAGUGCUUCGGUAGCGAACUUCCUUUUGUACAUACGUUCCGACUGUGUGCAACCGUGAGACUUCCUUGAGUUAUGGUUUCUUUUUAAUUGACCGACACAAAAUUCUUGCCUUGCUACGCUUAACUCAAUCUAACUCAACAGCACAUAAAAGCGCUCGUAACUGCGAGUCUUGAGGUGGGCCACCUGCAGGAAGCGAAACUUCACGCGCUGUUUAUUAUUAUAAAUUCCGCAAGAAUGUGAGGUCAGCUUAACUAAGGGAGCGGCCCCUGUUUCGCCGAACCAAAUUCAUUAAAAAAAAGAAAAAAAGACGAGAGUGAAUGUUCAAAAAGCGCGGUCGGCUUCAACGGCAGUUUUACACUUGUGGGGAAUUAGUUGUUAAAAUACAAUGAGCUGAAAUAUCCUUGUUUAAGUGUGUGGCACUGGUCGUUGAUGCUACUUAUACCUGUCGCUUAGACGUAGACCUGAGACGUAAAACGUUUAGUCGUUUCGUGGUGUACUCAACUCACAGUUGUCUCGUUGUCAAGGUCACAUUAGCCACAUUCGUCUCUCUGAAUGGUUGAUUUGGUUUCCUUUUACUGAUGGCACACCCCUACCAUGGGGGAUUAGCCAAGCGCCGGAUAAAAUCAGAAGAAAAGAGUUUUAGUUCUGACUAGAAAGCAAUGGAAACAUUCGAGUCAACUUUGUCUUCGUCUUCUUCUUCUUCUUCAUCGGCCUUGGGAAGCUCCAAGAUUUUCAUUGAAUGGUCAGUUCAUCAGAGUACAAAAGCGCGGAAGGGUUGUUGAGAUCAAAGGCCGAACGUGUUUUGAAACUGUAAUGUAAAUGAACCGACUUUUUUCUUUCUUUUUUUUUCUCAGGAUACAUUCUUGCUAGGAAAUAAUUUUAUUUUGUUCGUAGUGCCUGUCUGCUUGGCUUCCAGAAUGGAACAACGCGCGGCGGCUCGACGCUUCCUUCGCCGCUCCGUGAAAGUGGCGUUUAAGAAACAAGCUCGGUGACGAUCGUGGGAGAAAUUGUUGCUAUCACCGCAGACGCUGGGCCCCUCGGUGCGCCCAAAUUGCUGGAAUAUGUUUAGGUUUCGACUCCACUGACGGCAUCCUGUGAGGACAACUAUAGCGCUCCGCCGGCUGAUAUAUACGUGGCUUUUCGACGUUGACUUGAGAAAAACAACCGUUGCGCGGUUCAUUUUCGCGCUCACUCGUACGCCUCCGUGUCGCCUCUCGCGCCGGAAAUUGUGCCGAUUUGAAAUAAAGGCAAAAAGAAAAUUAAACAAGCCAUUGAAAGACUGCCUUGCUAUGCCCAUCGCACUAGAGUAGCAGGCGAGUAACGUCAUAACAGUAAAAAAGAGGAGGAAGCAGAAGAAAAAGUUACCAGAUUUUCGUAUGUUAUUCGAGAAAGAAGCAAUUGAAAUAUGCGGUGCCUUAAAAUCGGCCCGAAUAACUACGGCUAGAAAAGGCAGGAAACAGCGGCCACGCUACCUGCUGGGCUACGUUCUAAGCGGGGUUACAGCAUGAUGCACGAAUCACAAGACGGAGUUUAGUGAGGCAUUGGAGGAGAAUUGCCUCAAUCUGCAUCACUGCUGUAUCGCCGCAUUCGCCGGUAAGCAAGUCACGAGACGGAAGUGCUUUGAUUUCGUCGCGCGAAGAAGGAACACAGCUUUGUAGCAUGCGCAUUUAUGCUUAGGACGCCGCCUUUUGUUGAGCACGUCGAACCCCAGGGUGGACUUUUUUUAACGACUUAUUCGCAUCCAGUUCACCGAGCGUCCACUUCCACGAGAUGAUGCGUCGGUCUUCAGCUAUUCUGAGACGUUUGCCGUGAAAUCCCGUACAAUAUGAUACACCGUUUCGUUCCGGAUUUAUGCCCAUCAAAUUUUCUUUUCGUAUUGUACUCACGAAAAAAAAAAAUUUAAGGGCUUAAGCUUAAGUGCCUUUUUCUUGUACAUGACUGAAAAUCGUUCUCCUCUUUUUCUUUUUUGUCAUACUAGAGAUAAUUUUCUUUCCCGUCUCGUGACCUCAGGAUCGCUCCUUGCAUUCGGUUGUCGCACUGUACGCUUGAUUUUAAGGCAUUUUGAUUCACGGUAUAGCUAAGCCUAUUUCUUGCGUGGGAAAGCCAUAUUAGACGAAAGAAGGAAGCGUCCUAGGACGAGGAUUUCGCCCACGACUUAAUGCGCCGAAACGGAAGCGCUUCUUUGUACAGACGUUUCGGAUUCAGCUCGUCUUUCGUUGGCGCCGCUCUUUCGCGAUGCUUUCUUUUCUUCUGUCUUUCUUUCUUUCAUUCAUUUUUUUCCCUUUUUCGUUCGGGACACCACGUGUGAAUGCCUUUCACGUAGCGCGCGCGACAGUGGCGUCGCGACAGUGCGGUGUGUGCCUGUGUGAGUGUGGCGGCCAUCUUGUUCUUUAUUUCCCCCUUCCAUUUCCCUUUCCUGUAUCUCUCUAUCUGCGGGAAGUGCAUGCGUGCGUGCGUGCGUGUGUGUGCUACUAUUGCGAGCGUGUGCGUGUGUAUAUCACCCGAACGAAGGGGCCUGUAUAUAGCGGUCUAUACAUAAAACAACACUACUUAUUUGUAUAGCUAGGGUGUUUUCUUAUCUAUAUCGAGUUUGGAUCUUGUGCACCUGACGAAGACGACGAAAACGGUGACGGCGAACGCGACGCAGGAGAGAGAGAGAGAAAAAAAAGGAAUUUAAAAAAGAAAGAGGAAAAGUCGCCCGUCGCGCCACACACACCAUUCCUUCUGGCUCUAGGUUUAUAUGCUUUGUAGAGUCUCUUUCCUAUAGUCUCGCCAGGCGUCACGUUAUAGGCAGUCAUGUGCAAUGCACAAUGUGAAUAUAUAUACUUGAUAAUUGAUGUUCCAACACUACUACAGAUAAUACAGGUAAUGCGGGAACGCGAUGUACCGCGCUGUGGAGAGAGAUAGCGAGAGAGAGAGAAAAAAUGUGUGUCACGUGCAGAGGCAGUCAGUCUUUGUGAUUUAAUCACUCUCUUCAACGACGGUCGGUGGUUGCAUUUUCACGCCAGGGUCGAGUGUACCUUGCGCGCGGAUCGUUUUAAAACGAGAAAGUACGAAGUAGAGCUCUUCACGCCGUAGGUAUACAUACAUUACUGCAGUUUAAACGCGGUCAGUGGCAAGUAGCUAUGUUUCAAAGCGAGGCCUCUUUAGCGCCGGUCCAUCGCGGACGCACCCUUAAUGGAAAUCCCGGCAUACAAGACUAUGUUUCGGUGCAAAUUGUAUAGUAUGUGUUAUUCUGAUUUUCCGUUUUCCUUCUCAUGCUCGAGUGUCCAUACUGAGGUUCUACUUGUAGUGUGCGUAAGAGAGAUUUGGUUGCUAUCUUCUCGAAUAAAAAAAAGGAAAAAAAGAGAUUAAAGCUCUGCGCUGUAA